AAUGAUACAAGAAAAAUUAACUACAACAACAAUGACAACAAUACUUUCCCGCAUUCAAAUGGAAACAAUACAGCCCCUCCCAACAACACCCAUCGCGCAUCAAAAUCGCUGUCUAACUGAGGAACAAAUGCAAAUGCACGGCUCAGAAUUUGAAUGGUAUUUACAAAGAUACCUGUUUCCAUCUCUAGUCAUCUUCGGAAUACUUGGCAAUGCACUCAAUCUCAGCGUGUUGCUUGACAAGAAGAUGCAAUCAAGAGCAAACACGUUUUUGGCAAUGUUGGCAUUUGCUGACAUUUUCUUCUUGUCGUUGCUGGUCCCCAACAUUUUGGCCAAUUACUCAAUUUUCUCACGCAAUUGGCAUUUUCGAAUGUUUUACCUCAGUGCCAAAGUCCACUUGAUCUCUCUAGCAAAUUGGGCAUCUGCUGUAGCCAUUUGGUGUGUAAUCGCUGUUUGCACUGAUCGUCUAAUUGGCAUCAGAAAUCCACUUGCCGCUCGUGGGCACAUUACAAGAAGGAAAAUGGUCGGAUUGAUUUGUGCUAUUGUUGCCGUUCCUGGAUUGCUUACAGCACAUCAACAUGUUGCACAUGUCUGCCUAGUCAGAGCCUUUUGCAACGGAAGUCAACUUUAUUCGAAAUGCUUGCCUGUAAAUCAAGAGCGUUGGUUUGCACCAAAUCAGAGCAAUCCGUAUUCAGAAACUUUCAGAAAAUUUAUCGUAAGAUUCCAAUUAUUUAAAAAAAUCAAAUUUGUAUUUUUAGUCUGUCAGCACUUUACUCAACGUUCUCUUCAGGUUUUUCUACUUAAAAAUUUAAUAAAAAUUCUUUUCAGUAUAAUUUUCCCAAUUAUUGUUCUCGCCAUUUUAAAUACAAUGCUUUUGUGUGCAUUAAGAAGGAGAUCAAAACAAUUAAAUAAUUUGAAUAGGAAUGAAAGUUGGAGUCAAAAACAACACAAAAAUGUAGAAAAUGGAGAAAGUCUUAGGGAAGGCAGUAAACAACCGCUUAGCAAAUUCAGCCAAAGCAGUUCACACUCUUCUGAGGGGUUAAAUCAACACUUAUUACACGCAAAAACUGAACAAAGAGUAACAAUAACAGUUGCAUUAAUUGUUUCGAUGUUUACUUUAACUAAUGGACCCUCAGCAAUUGUUCAUUUACUUCAAAAUCUUUUAUUGACCGGAAUAGAUCAAAGAGAAUGGUACAAUGCAACUUUAGUUUGCAGCGCUCUAGUCAUUUUUGGAAAGGCUAGCAAUUUUAUUCUCUUCUGUCUUUUUUCUAAACACUUUAGAAGACGUUUAUUUGCUUUAGCACAAAAAAGAGUACAUAAACGAUUAGCUUCUUCAGUUGGGAUGGGGAACAAAGGAGGAUUUGUUGGUGGAAGUAAACGAAGUAAUUAUAACAAAUUUAGAGGGGAUUCAUCAAAUGCCGGAAAACAAUAA